AUGGGUGUGAAAUCAUUGUCUUAUGAUUUAUCAUAUGAACAAUAUCAUAAUGAGGUCAUUGCUGCUGUUAAGGCCGAUACUGUCGAGAAUAUCACUCCAGAAGAAAGACAACUUGCAGAACAAUUGUUCCAACUCAGACAAAAAGUUGCUCAACAAGCCAAUCUAUUAGGAGGAGGUGGAUACCCAGGUGGAUACCCAGGAGGAUACCCAGGAGGAUACCCAGGAGGAUACUAUAACAAUGGUCUUCUUGGUGGAGUAGGUGACUUCCUCGAUGGUAUCUUGAAUGGUGUACUUGGUUUGGUUGGUCUCACCAGUAGCAACAGAUACCCAUACCCAUAUCCAACUGGUUAUCCAACUGGUUAUCCAACCACUUACUACCCAUACCCAACCGCUUAUCCAACUGGUUAUCCAACCGCCUAUCCAACUGGUUAUCCAACUGGUUAUCCAACCACUUACUACCCAUACCCAACUGGAUAUCCAACUGGUGGUUCUACUUUUGGAUCCAUUGCCUCCGCUAAGAUUGAAACUCCAGAAUCCCCAUAG